GAGCCGGGCGGAGCUCCCUCGCGCCGAGUCGUCGUUGCCGCUUGGCCGGUCGCGGCGGCCCUGGCAGAGAGCGAGCUUCGCGCUGCCCGCCGGCCCCUUCUGCACAGGCAGGUUUGCGCGCCGGGUUGGGAGAGGCGGCCGAACGCCCGAGCGCCCUCUCCCGCUUCGUCCCCUUUCCCUGCUUCCUUCUCCGCUUUCCUGUGAACCCUCGAGCGCCGCCUCCGCUGCCGCCUCCCUCUUCUGCAUCUACUUCACCCGGCCGGUUCCUAUAGCGGUGGCCCGGGGUUCUCCCUCCCUGUGGUGCCCAAGCUGGCCGCCGCUUUUUCCAGCCCUCCUCGCGCGCUCCUCCUCCUCACGUGCAGUCACCCGUUCUUGUCAGCUCCCCGUUCCCACGUGCCAUUUCUGGGCCGCUGCCUUCUUACCUGCUUCUCUCUCCCCACCAUCGUCUAUAUUUUUCCCCAGCACUCCCUCAUCUCCUGUAAAGUAUUGACGCCCCUUACUUCCUAUACCCGCAGCGUUCAUUCAUUCGUUUGUUUAUUAUAUUUCCAUACCACCAUUUCCUUCAAGGUGGGGGACGUGGUUCUCCCUCACCCCCAUCCGCACCCAGUUUUAUCUUCACAAUAACUCAGUGAGGCAGGUGAGGCUGAGAGGAAAGCAGCCACUGGCCCAAGGUCACUCAUGGCGAGCUUCAUGGCUGAGUAGGGAUUCGAACCCAGGCCUUUCAGGUCUUAGUCCAAGGCGUGCAAAAUAUUCUUACAUUGCAGGGGGUGGGACUAGAUGACUCUUGUGGUCCCUUCCAGCUCUACAGUUCUGUGAUCCUAUGAUUCAGCCUGUUUUGCUGCAUCGUCAGGCAAUUGACCCACCUAGCUCAUAUUAUGAGUGGCAGGGACCAGGGUUUCGGAGGUGGGUUUCUCCCUGCAGUACCUGGAGAUGCUUAGGGACUGAACCAGGGAUUUUCUGCUUGCAAAGCAAACGUUCUGCCUCUGAGCCACGGGCCACACUUUCAAACCUAAACGUCUUCUCUUGGAAAUAUAUUAUCUGGUAUUGCACUGCUACCUUCAUUUGCUGCUUCCCAAGUGUUUGCAAACCCAUCUUCUCUCACUCCUCCUCAUCCUCCAAAUAGCAUCCCAGUUCCUCCAUUCCUCACUUUUCUGUCCUGUAGCCAGAGAUUCAAAAGCGUCUAGUAUCUCCUUGUACUUACUUUCAUGAUUAUUUUUUUACAUAUCAACCUUUUAUAGGUGGAUAUUGGCUAAAACAUUUCUCUUCUGAGGAAAUAAGUAAGGAAGGUUUUAAGAUGCUAGUGAGGUUUUUUGCAGUGUGGAGGAAUGGACAUUUUGCGUUAGAUUUUUAAUUAGCUUUGCCUCAGAUUUGUUGAAAACAGACAUUUAAACUUGUUAACUGUUCAUGUUGGCAAAUUCAAUACGUAAGCUCCGUGCACACAAUGCACUAGACCCUUUGCCUAUAAACGAUUACACCAUUAUGAAAUUGUAAACUUACUUAAGUUGCCAGGGGACUGUACUGCCCCCCCAACACACACACACACACACACACACACACACGCGCACACACACGCUCCAGGCUGAAAUAACACUCACGUUUUGCGGCUGCCUGGAUGUGAUAGCUCUGUACAGCUGCAAUCCUAACCCCACUUACUUGAGAGUAAGCCCAAUUGAAUUCCAUAGGACUUACGUCUCAAUAGAUAUGGUUAGGAUUGCAUUCUGGCACAUUUAUGAUUCAUUACUCUAGAACCCAAAAACUUCUAAUAAAAUAAGUAGCCUUUUAAGGUGACAAAAAACUCUUUGUUUUUGCUGCAACAGAUCGCUUUUGGAUAUGGCUGUUGUUCAGGAAGUUUCUAGCUUCAAAUUAUGUAUUUAUAAACACAUAAAAGUAUUUUUAUAAUGCCAUAACAUAAAAUAUUAGUAAAAAAAAUAGUAUUUUAUUAGCUGCAUUCCAUACAAUUGUAUCAAGGGGAUGUAUAGUAAAAGCAGUUAAAAACACAGCAGCACAUACAUUUAAAACAAAAUUAAAACCACAUAUUGUAUUAAAAUUCAAGGUGAUGUACAAGAUUAAAACAAAAUGCAAUUUAAAACAGUGCAGAUAAUCAUUAAAGUAACUGGCUGAUAAAAGAAUUAAACAGCUACAAAGGACUGUUGCCUUGAAAAAGUCUUCAUGUAAAAUAUGUAAAAUAUUCCUGCAUUGCAUUGCAGUGGUCAUGGAGGGGAGCUUGGACCAUGAAAGGGAGCCUGAAAACUAUGGGGAAGAGUGCACACUGCUCUUUUGAAGUUCUGAAAGAGGAACACUGCACUUUUCAUUGUUUUUUGUCAUAAUAUUUUUUUUUGCAAGCUAUCAUGAUUAAUUAUCUGUUUUUUCCCCAGACUGAAAUAUGGCUGAGGAUCCUCAGAGAAAUUUCCGAUCGGUGUAUUAUGAAAAAGUAGGAUUUCGUGGUGUUGAAGAAAAGAAAUCAUUGGAAAUUCUUCUGAAAGAUGAUCGGCUUGGUAUGCUUGGUAGAAGACCAUUUUAUAUCACACAUUCUGUUUGAGCUGACUUAAUUGCAAAGCAUGUUUACUUGAAGGAAAAGACUGUUUGACCCAGUGAGGCUUGCUUCUCAUUUAAAAGAAAACUUAUCAGGUUUGCACUUUACAAAACAAUAUGUGAAUUGAAACACAUAGCACUUGUCAAAAUUUGCAGUGCGGUUCUCUAGCUAAGCAGUGUCUACAAAAAUGCAUCUUAAAGAAGAUUCCAUGCAAAACUGUGCAUAUUUGCAAAACUGCAUGUGUAAUGUUUUCAUUAGGAGAAAUUUGCACCAAAAAGUUGAAUUUUUAUAGGGAUUUUUUAAAAUAAUAAUAAAAAAUCACAAAUUGCAGCAGAAAUGUGAAUUCAAGACUGGAAAAAUGACAAAUUGAGGGAACUAAAAUUGACAGAUUUGUCUAUCCCAUUGCCUGAGUAAAUUUCGCUUUCUUCUCAGAUUGGCUUACACUCAGCCUCAGUCUGUAUAUUCUACCCACAAGGGCGAGGAAACAAUUCUCAUUUCCCUCUAAGGCAGAAUAUUUUGUGUGAACUGAAGAUUAUGCGAUGCCUUUCUUGGGAAUGGAAUAGAUACACACACAUACUUGUGUGUGAAUGAAUGGACCUAUUUGUUAGUUCACACAAAACAUUCUGUACUCUCACAACAUGUGGAGCGUAACCUAAGACUUAAUGUGAAUGAUCUCUCCUCUGUUUCUAGCUUUCCCUGAGAUAACUGUAUGGAAAAAGAUUCUGGACCUAUCUGCACUAUGCGUUUAAAGCAGUAUACUUCCACUUUAAACAGUCCUGACUCCUCCCAAAGAAUCCUAGAAACUACAGUAGUUAGUUUGCCUUACUCUUUCUAACAUCUUUUUGUAGGGAGCGCCCUUGGCCCUUUUUGAAGGAAGCCAAAUGUAUUUGAUUUUUAAUACUUUUGAUUAGCUAUUUUUUUUGUUUUGAGUUGUUAUAAUUUGUAUUGUUUGUAUUCGAUUUUGUGUGCUUAUUCUUUGUUGUUGUUGUUGUUUAGUCGUUUAGUUGUGUCCGACUCUUCGUGACCCCCUGGACCAGAGCACGCCAGGCACUCCUGUCUUCCACUGCCUCCCGCAGUUUGGUCAGACUCAUGUUUGUAGCUUCGAGAACGCUGUCCAACCAUCUCGUCCUCUGUCAUCCCCUUCUCCUUGUGCCCUCCAUCUUUCCCAACAUCAGGGUCUUUUCCAGGGAGUCUUCUCUUCUCAUGAGGUGGCCAAAGUCUUGGAGCCUCAGCUUCACGAUCUGUCCUUCCAGUGAGCACUCAGGCCUGAUUUCCUUAAGAAUGGAUAGGUUUGAUCUUCUUGCAGUCCAUGGGACUCUCAAGAGUCUCCUCCAGCACCAUAAUUCAAAAGCAUCAAUUCUUCGGCGAUCAGCUUUCUUUAUGGUCCAGCUCUCACUUCCAUACAUCACUACUGGGAAAACUAUGGCUUUAACUAUACGGACCUUUGUUGGCAAGGUGAUGUCUCUGCUUUUUAAGGUGCUGUCUAGGUUUGCCAUCACCUUUCUCCCAAGGAGCAGGCAUCUUUUAAUUUCGUGACUGCUGUCACCAUCUGCAGUGAUCAUGGAGCCCAAGAAAGUAAAAUCUCUCACUACCUCCAUUUCUUCGCCUUCUAUUUGCCAGGAGGUGAUGGGCCCAGUGGCCAUGAUCUUCGUUUUUUUGAUGUUGAGCUUCAGACCAUAUUUUGUGCUCUCCUCUUUCACCCUCAUUAAAAGGUUCUUUAAUUCCUCCUCACUUUCUGCCAUCAAGGUUGUGUCAUCUGCAUAUCUGAGGUUGUUGAUAUUUCUUCCGGCGAUCUUAAUUCCAGCUUGGGAUUCAUCCAGCCCAGCCUUUCGCAUGAUGAAUUCUGCAUAUAAGUUAAAUAAGCAGGGAGACAAUAUACAGCCUUGCCGUACUCCUUUCCCAAUUUUGAACCAAUCAGUUGUUCCAUAUCCAGUUCUAACUGUAGCUUCUUGUCCCACAUAGAGAUUUCUCAGGAGACAGAUGAGGUGAUCAGGCACUCCCAUUUCUUUAAGAACUUGCCAUAGUUUGCUGUGGUCGACACAGUCAAAGGCUUUUGCAUAGUCAAUGAAGCAGAAGUAGAUGUCUUUCUGGAACUCUCUAGCUUUCUCCAUAAUCCAGCGCAUGUUUGCAAUUUGGUCUCUGGUUCCUCUGCCCCUUUGAAAUCCACCUUGCACUUCUGGGAGUUCUCGGUCCGCAUACUGCAUAAGCCUGCCUUGUAGAAUUUUAAGCAUAACCUUGCUAGCGUGUGAAAUGAGUGCAAUUGUGCGGUAGUUGGAGCAUUCUUUGGCACUGCCCUUCUUUGGGAUUGGGAUGUAGACUGAUCUUCUCCAAUCCUCUGGCCACUGCUGAGUUUUCCAAAUUUGCUGGCAUAUUGAGUGUAGCACCUUAACAGCAUCAUCGUUUAAAAUUUUAAAUAGUUCAGCUGGAAUACCAUCACUUCCACUGGCCUUGUUAUUUGCAGUGCUUUCUAAGGCCCAUUUGACUUCACUCUCCAGGAUGUCUGGCUCAGGGUCAGCAACCACACUACCUGGGGUGUACGAGACAUCCAUUUCUUUCUGGUAUAGUUCCUCUGUGUAUUCUUGCCACCUCUUCUUGAUGUCUUCUCCUUCUGUUAGGUCCUUUCCACUUUUGUCUUUUAUUAUGGUAAUCUUUGUACGAAAUGUUCCUUUCAUAUCUCCAAUUUUCUUGAACAGAUCUCUGGUUUUCCCCAUUCUGUUGUUUUCCUCUGUUUCUUUGCAUUGCUCGUUUAAGAAGGCCUCCUUGUCUCUCCUUGCUAUUUUUUUGGAAAUCUGCAUUCAAUUUCCUGUAUCUUUCACUAUCUCCCUCGCAUUUUGCUUGCCUUCUCUCCCCCGCUAUUUGUAAGGCCUUGUUGGACAGCCACUUUGCUUUCUUGCAUUUCCUUUUCAUUGGGAUGGUUUUCGUUGCUGCCUCCUGUAUAAUGUUACGAGCCUCCAUCCAUAGUUCUUCAGGCACUCUGUCCACCAAAUCUAAAUCCUUACACCUGUUCCUCACUUCCACUGUGUAUUCAUAAGGGAUUUGACUUAGAUUAUAUCUUAGAUUAUUCUUUGUUACUCGCCUUAAUUUUUUUUAAAAACUGAAAGACUCUAUCUAAAUAGUAAUAUAAUGCAACAAUACCUGGAGUUCCCAGGGAAAAAGGAAUUAAGCAUUAAACUGUUCUGGGGAUUGUAAUUCUGUGAGGGGAAUAUAGGUCGCCUAACAAUUCUCAGCACCUUUACCAAACUACAGUUCCCAGGAUUCUUUGGGUGAAGCCAUGACUUGUAACUUGUAACUUGCAACUUCCAACUGCUCUGAGACUCCAGCUCCCAUUUGUCCAAGCCAAUAUGACCAAUGGUCAGAGAUUAUAGGAGUUGUAGUCCAGUCGCAGAUUCCACAUGCAUGGGGGAUACUUCUUUAUUUAAAAAACAGGUACUGUAUUAGUUAUUAGUUCUGUUGGGUUACUGAACUUGAGAAUGCAUAUAUGUAUAAGCAUGUGUGUAUAAACAGUAUAUGUGUGUAUUUAUGUGUAUGUGUAUAAAUACAUACACACACAUAUGCACACACACCAAAGAUGGCUUCAUUUAAAAAAAACCUAACUUUGUGUUUGUUCAAUUAUCAUUUAUUUAUUACACUUCACCGGUACAGUGGUUCUUUGGUUCUCAAACUUAGUCUGUUCAACUCCCGAAACGGUUCAAAAACGGAGGUGCGGCUUCUGAUUUGCUGCAGGAGCUUCCUGUACUCAAGCGGAAGCCGCGUCGGAUGUCUGGCUUCCACAAAAUGUUUGCAAACACUUACUUCCGGGUUUGCAGCGUUCAGGAUCGCUUUGUUUGGGAGCCAAGCCAUUCAAGGUACCACUGUAUUUCAAAAAGGCACCCAUUUUGUGGUUUCAAAUUUAUUUACCUUUAAUUGACAGCAGCUGAUGAAUCAACCAAAAACUCCUGCAAACUGUUUUAUCAUUUACCAUAAAUUUUUUGAAUAUUGCUGCUAGGUUUUCAUUUUGCCAAAGGACUAAAAGUGGAAAAAGCACAUGUUUUAAAUUGGGUUUGUCAACCUUGAAAAGCCCGAAUGAUUCUUUGAUGCCUCCUAGAAGCAUGAUUGGUGCUGGACACUUACAGAUGUGUCCUGGUUGGCAUCAGUUGCUGAGAAAAGAGAUGCUUCAUAACUCCGUUCGAGUUCUAAAAUGGUGUUUGUUCUUAAAACCCCCUUCACAGAUAUUGAGAAGCUCUGCACAUUCAGUCAGAGGUUUCCUCUCCCAUCCAUGUAUCGGAUCCUUGUGUGGAAGGUGCUUCUAGGUAAGAUGAUAUGGGGAAAGCAGAUUCUUCAUUAGAAACGUAAGGGCAGGUUUGGACAUAUGCUUAGUGUAAUGCUAAGGAAAGCCAAUCCAUGUUUUGAAUGCUCCAUUGAAGAAGCCUUUGCAUGACAUCAGGAACAGGACUAGUUAAUGCUCACAUAUUUGUUAAGUUUUUGAGCAUUCCUUAUAUCCAGGGCUUAUAGUACUUAGUUGAUCAGAGAAAAACAACAACUGCUGUCAGAAGAUCCAACCUUCCACCAGAACGUGCAAGUACAUGCAAACCUAGUUCUCCUUUCUCUCUCUUCCUUUUCCAGGAAUUCUUCCUCCUCACCAUGAAUCUCACGGGUUUGUGAUGCGAUGCCGAAAGGAGCAGUAUAAGGACGUGCACCAUGCGCUCCAAGUAAUUCGCUUUAUCAAGGAUUCUACCCCACAGGUUGAAGUUUUCCUCCGAAUAUACCAGCUGGAGUCGGGAAAGCUCCCUCGGAAUCCAUCUCUCUCUUCGGUCAGUCAUGCUGAAAUUUGCCCUCGACGAUACUCCUUUGUAUGAAGGUCCAAAUCUUUUCCACCUGAAAUUCUGCUAGAGUGAAGAAACUGUAUAGUGGCCACAUGAACUGCAGUAUCUUGAGAGGUCAAAUUCAGCCUUAACCAGAGAUACUGUAAACAGGGCUUAGGGAAAGCACAUUCUGGUACCAUCUAGGGCAGGCACCCCCAAACUUGGCCCUCCAGAUGUUUUGGGACUACGAUUCCCAUCAUGCCUGAACACUGGUCCUGUUAGGGAUGAUGGGAGUUGUAGUCCCAAAACAUCUGGAGGUCCAAGUUUGGGGAUGCCUGAUCUAGGGCAUGUCACAGAAUGAAUUUCCCUUGUAGUUAGUGGCAAGAGUGGCAGACAUCCAGGCUGAAAGUUGGCAGCCACAGUAGGAUUGGGUUGCUGAGAAAAUAUCCCUCAGUAUGGUGACCUUGAAUGGGAAGCAAAUCCCUGUCAUAUAUACUCCCUGGAGAAGGUAUAAUUAGUCCUGUUUAGCACUUGGAUGAGGAACCUAUAGCUCACCAGAUGUUGUUGUUGGACUAACUCUCAUAAACCUCAGUCAGGAUUUUCAGUGGUCAUGGAUGAUGGGAGUUGUAGUCCAGAAAUAUAUUGGUAUGCCACAACUUUGUCCUCCCUGUUUUAGCACAUAACAGAACAUGGUGGCACCUUACAACAGAGGAGCAAAAUUAUUAUAUGUUGUCAAAUAACAAAGUUGACUGGAAAAUGCUGUUCCGUGAAUGUGUUGCCUCUUGAUAAUCCCAUGCCGUGGCUGCUUUGCUUUCCAGGAAGCCGAGGACGAGGUAUUCCUUGCCAUUGCUAAAGCUAUGGAAGAAAUGGUAGAAGAUCACAUUGAUUGUUAUUGGCUCAUCAGUAGCUUUGUGAACCAGUUGAACAAUAAGUACAAGGAUUCAAUACCACAGCUGGUAAGAAUAUUAUAUGCAUACAUAUCUACAUAUCUGCAUUCAUCUAUUCACACAGGAACAGUAUAGUGGGAUUACAGGUAUAGAAGUUGAACAUCUUCUAUGUUGUUGCUGUUUCUGACAAGCUCUUGCAUAAAUACCCUGUGUGGACUUGGAAACUGAAUUAUGCUCUGGAUUCUUUUUUGGAGGGGAUGAGGGAAAUGCAGUGCAAGUUUCUAGAACAGCAGUGCAGUGACUAGUGGGUAGCUCAGGGCUGACUAAUCUGUGGCUAGGCUCCCAUCUCCCAGCCAACGUGGCCAACAGACUUCUAAUAAAUAUCACGGGGAUUGGAAUGCUGAUGACAAGGAAUGCAGUCAAGGUUUGGGCAUAUAUUCAGUUGUGUGUACAGUGGUACCUCCGGUUACAAAUGGGAUCUCUUCUGGAGGUCCGGCCGUAUCCUGAAAAUUCUGUAACCAGAGGACCACUUCUGUGCAUGCACGCGGCGCUGCAGAGCGCUUCUGCGCAUGCACGAGCAGCAAACCCACUUCUGAAAAUUUAUUAUUCCAAAAAUGAAACCUUCAUCUGGUUGUAAAUAUUAAGAUUAUACCAGCAAGAAUGGGUCUUUCUGUAAAAAAAAAAAGGAAAAAAGAUUUAAAUCAAGUCUUACUGACUAGUGAUUUAAAUCAAUUUUAUUUAAAUCAAAUCCACCCUGCCUAAGAGUCUUAGGCUGCUGCCCUUUGGCAGGGAAGGGGUUCAGCUUUGUUCUUACACUAAAUGAAUGAGGCCAGUCCCUUGUUUCUAAGCAGCAGUGAUGCAAAUGACUGCAGAACCGCCUUCAUUCUUUUCUUCUCCCAUGCAAACUGGAUGCCAGACUCCAUGCUUUAAUAGAAAGAGAAGUUUGUAGAAAUAAUUUUUGUAAUAUCUAUAAAUAAGAUUUGAUAGGAAAACACUUUGGCUUGAACUUUCCUUAGGUGAUGAUGAUUUAAAAAAACAUUCUAUACGGCCCUUCAUCCGAAGAUCAGAGUGCUGUUUACAAUAUAAAAACACAAAAAAUUCACAUAGCACAAUAAUAAACAACAACAAUACUGGCUACGGUUUAAAAGGCCAUAGAUUGUUCAAUUGGGCCAAAGACCUGGGAGAGGAGGAAUGUUUUUGCCUGGCACAAAGAUAUGUAAUGAAGGCGCCAGGAGAACCUCCCCGGGGACAGCAUUCCACAGGUGGGGGAGCCACCACAGAAAAGGCCCAUUCUUGUGUUGUCACCCUCUGGACCUCCUGGGAUGUCCUCUCCCAUCACUUUUGAAGACACUGGAAAUAGGGGCAUGUGUCAGUUUCUUUCAACUAAUGAAGAGUAAGUGAUUUUUAAGAUCCAGUUUAAGGAGAAGGGAACAGGAGGCAGAUUUACAUAAAAGAUGACAUUAUAGAGAGCCAGUUUUUCCUCCUUGGUGCCAGUCCUCUCUGAAUUUCUUUAAAUUAUUAAUAAAAUCAUGUUUAUAGUUAAAUAUUCAGAUAUAAUUGAAGACGAACAAAUGAAAAUAAACAAGCAGAUGUUUAAUUAAUUGCUAACCUUGUCCAAAAGGUGUCCAGAGAGAACUGUUUACUGAAGUGAAGAAAACUGUGUGUGUGUCAGUGUCAUUCAAAAUAAUAGUGUAUUUCUGGAUGGGAAGUUACUGUGGAACCAGUGCUGCUUAUGAACCCCAGUUUUUUGUUUCAGUGUCCACACAUUGCUGUGGUCAAAAUGACAGCCCAUACUUUUUUUGUUUACAUUUAAUCUGGACUUCCUCUUACUUUUGGAAGGGGUGUGCAUGUAAAAUGCUGAAAAGCCACCCAACAGGGUUGAAGAGCAGGUAAAAACAGAAAGUUGCUCCCUGCUGAUGACAGUUUCCUAGCAUGUGCUGUUUCCUUCCCCACCUGUCUCUUUUUUUACUAAAUUAAGAAUUGCUGUAUUGUUACGAAGUCUCAAAUUAUUCAGUAUAUACUCUUUUUGGAGCCUCACAAUCAAUAAAUAUGGAAAUGUUUAGUGAGCCUUACAUUUUGGAUCUGACCUUUGAAGAACAUUAUCUGACAUGACAUUUUUCACAGUGUGUCAUGCUGAAUCUAUUUUUCCUUUUUUUAAGGCGCCUUGCUGCUUGUGGUUUCUUGCUAUAAAUACCUAUGACAGUGAGAUUUAUUUAUGGACAUUGAUAUACUUUAUCACUUCUCUUGACAUUUAUCCUGCAGCCAAAACUUUUGGAACAGUACCUGAGCCUUGAAGACAGCGGACUCUUAACGCAUCUGAAGUUGUGUUCAGCAAUGGACCACCUUCCUUACAAUCUUUGGUUUAGAAAGUGUUUUGCGGGUUGUCUACCUGAAUCCAGCUUACAAAGGUAAGCAUCUUUCCACUCCCGCCCAUCUUGGAUCAAUCAGAUCACUGUAGCAUCCUUGAAAAUAAUCUGUUGUCCAUCUUUAGCCUACAACCCACAAUACCACAAACUCCUGAGUAGUGUUCCCUCUCCCCUGACCAAUGCUGCAGAGUAGUUUUAUAGAUGGAGUAUGUUAGCUGCAAGAUACCUAUAACCUCACCUCCAAACUCGGAAAUGUUGCAUGGAUAUCUUUUGACAAGUCAGAACUUUUUGACAUUCUAAAAUCUGUCAGUUAAGGUUAUAUAGGGAGUGAUGCAAACUUUGGCAUUUUGUGUUCUCUGCAUCUUGCACCAAAGGGUGGAAGUGUGAGUUAUCAUUUGCUGCAAAAUGUCUCAGUCCUGCCAUGACUGAGAAACUAUUUUGGUCAGGAAAGAAAAAAACAACAACACUUCAGUACUGAAUAUAAAUUAUAGCUAUAAAAUUUUAGGUGUGCAGUUUUUAUUACUCUUAUCUUUUCUAGGGUUUGGGACAAAGUUAUUAGCGGCUCCUGCAAAAUUCUGGUCUUCGUUGCUGUUGAGAUUUUAUUAACCUUUAAAAUGAAGUUGAUGGCCUUGAAUAGCGCAGGAAAGAUUCAACAGUUUUUGGAAAAUGUAAGUAUUUUUCCGCACACUAAUAUACUGCCCCCCCAGGGACCCCCCCCCAAUAAGGGAUUUGUUUUGCGUAUCAGAUUUUUUGGGGAGAGAGGUGGUUGCGAGAGAAAUCAACUGAGAUUUUGCCCAGUGUUCAAGAGCUGCAAUUAAAAGUUUGCAAAAUUUUAAAAGGUACAGUUCAGACAUGGCAUCAAACCAUGAUCCAUGCUAAUCAUAGUUUGGUUUGAGCUUCCAAAUGUAAGACUUUCACAAUGGUUUCUGAAUUCAGACAUAACAACAAACCAAAUUUAGCACAAAACACAGCCUGUGUGGCAGCUUCAGUAUCCAUGUUUUGUGAAGUGAUCUAGGUUCAGAAAAAAAACAGAACAUGGUUUGUCUUGAUGUCUGAGUGGAAAGGAGCGGAUUGUCUCAGUGGCUGAGCCGGGCUCUGGAACUCAUUCUUACCUGAACAGGGCCUCCCGCUACACUCCCCUCUCCCGUGGAUUUCCAUAAGAUGGGCCAAAACAUUCCUUUUUAUAGGAGCACUUUUGAGCCAUAAAUAGUCACUGCCUUUCCAAGUAGCCUUGGUUAUGUUUAGCAGCAGUUUCGUGGCUUCCCCUCCUUUCUCUCUCUGCUGUUUUAAUGCCUUACAGCUGCUUUCUUUUAUUUAUUUGUUGUUAGUCUUUUUUAAAAAAUCAUUUAAGUUGUUCUUUUAACUUCUGUUGCUAGCCACUUUAGGCUUAUUGAGAAAAGACGGGCUAUAAAUGUUUUAAAUAAAUAGAACUCGUUGGCUACAUUUAAGCAGGUUGCAGGAUUAACUUGACCUUGCGACUUUUUUUCCCUUUCCCAAACCCACCACAUGGUCAAACAAUUUCACAGACUACAAUGCUGUUUCAAGCCAGUUUAUCUUUUUGUAUUUGCGUGAGUCGCCAUUCCAUGCACACACACUCCUAUUUUCAUCUGUGUUGGGGAAAAGAGAAUAUCCUUGAUGCAGGAAUGGAAAGGAAAAGAAAGAGUGGAAUUGUUUGAUAUGGAUGACCCAGUCUGGAUUUCCAGGUGUGCUUUGAUGCACGCUUGGACCUUUUUUUGAGAGGAAAGUUCUCCUUUCACUUCACUGAUAGGGGACAACUCCUCCCCACACCAAACUGUUUGCAUGCAGGGAGCUACUUCUUACUUGAAACUGAAUAAGCAAAAGAGUGUGCUCUGUGUGCGUGCAUUUGCAAUUGGCGUGAAUGGAUAUGGCAGGAGUUUGGAAGAGCAAUCCUAUAGUGACUGGUCUUUAGCUGCCUUUAGGUUUGCUGCCUGAGAUAUUGAAGUACUGGAAUACCUCAAACUGAAUAUCUCUUUUUAUCUUUUGUAGAUACCUCAAGAUAACACGGAUGCAAUAGUGAGCAAAGCGAUUGAGCUGUGGCAAAAACAUUGUGGGACCCCUGCCCACUCAGUCUGAAACCAUGCUGCCCGCUGGUACACUUUUAUUUUAUUUGCCUUCCCUUUGUCCUUCCUUACUCAACAACACCUACCGUAUUUUUUGCUCUAUAGGACGCACUGGACGAUAAGACGCACCUAGUUUGGGGGGGGGGGAGGAAACAAGAAGAAAAAAAUUCUGAACCCGAAAAGCCAGAACAGCAAGAGGGAUCUGGCUUCUGGGAUAGCCUCUUGCUGUUCUGGCUUUGGGGACAGCCUUUGAAGCCUCCGCAGGGCAGCGGGGUGCCUUCGGAGGCUUUGCGCAGCUAACCCCAAGCUAGAACAGCGAGACGGAGCACUGCACAGCGCUCAGUCUCCCUGUUCUGGCUUUGGGCUUAGCCGCACAGCCUGCAUUCGCUCCAUAAGACGCACACACAUUUCCCCUUACUUUUUAGAAGGGAAAAAGUGCGUUCUAUAGAGUGAAAAAUACGGUACUUAAAAUUAUUUUAACAAAGGAGAUGGGGGAGCAAUAAAAUUGCUACCACCGUAUGUGAUGGACUUGAAGUGUAUAAAUAUAUCUAGAAGGGGAAUCUCAUUUAUAUGAGUUGAGUUGGAUUUGUUUCCAAGUAACCUUGUUUAUGGGGUGUGCAAAACAGGAGCCAUAAUGAAGGACUUGAUUGACUUUUUUUACUCUCUGGAAUAGAUUUCUGCCUGGUUUUCUCUCACUCAUUCCUCAUGGCACUAAUUUGGCUUUAAUUCAAGAAAUCUGGUUAAACUGAGAUGUUCUCCUGAACAGGAGCUGCCUCUUAAAACCCUGUUGCAGAUUUUCAGAUCUUUGCAAGGUCCUCCCAUAGGGUUAGGAAACUGGCCGCACAGGCCUUGCCUCCAGGACUACCUCCCAAGGUUCCUAGCAUACGGAUCCUCUUUCCCCACUGCACUGGAAUGAGCAGAAAGCAGCUUUGGCAGAGCUUCCCCCCUUUUACCUUUGCAGUCCAAGAGUGGGAAAAAGGAGGAGGCAACUCAAGGUACAUAACAGAGUCAUUCUGUUGGUUUCUCCUGCUCUUUAUAUUGGGGCAGAAGGGAUUAGAGCUCUUUGCAUGUGCCUUGUUCACAUUUAGGGGUGUCAGGGGGUACAGUUAAUGUUGGUCCUUGGGAUAUGUUUAGUUCAGAAUUUGAUCCCUGAUUUGUUUGUUGAAAUAGUGUUCAGUGGUAGCUCCUGGCUGGAACUAGAGAGUCCCAAAUACAUAAUUUUUAAACUAGGUGCUGGUGAUGACUACUGAAUUAUCCUUAUCUUCUUGACAUGGGCUCUUUUUUUGAGCUGGAACUCACCGGAACUCUGUUCCGGAACCUCUCAGGUGGGUGCUAUUGCCAUUAUAAGAGAACAAGGGAGGCAUUCAGGGUGAGCUCCGGCACCUCUUUUUCUAGAAAAACAGCACUGCUCUUGAGCCGUUUUGAUCUGGCUUUUAGUUUUGGGAUUAACAGACCUGUGGCAGGGGGCACUCUGUGAGUUAGAUGAUGUGGGGGGCACCUCUGUCAGUUCUGCCGGCCCUCUGAACAGCUUGAUGCUGUGAACUUAAAGAUUAUCUCUAUUGGAUCAGGCUGGAGACCUAUCCAGUCCAGCAUUCUUUUUGCCCUGGUGGUCCACCAGAUGGCUGUGAGAAGCCUGCAAGCAGCAUAUGAUGGCAACUUCUCCUUCCUGCUGCUGUUCCCCAGGACCGAGAGGUGUAGUGGCUCUGAUCCUGAAGACUGUAUAUAGCUAUUUGGACUCGUAGCCAUUGGUACCCAUGAAUUAGCCUGAUUUUAAAGUCAAUCCAAUCUAGUGGCCAUCAUUUCCACAACUUGUGGCAGCAAAUUCCAUCGUUCAGCUAUGCACUGUGUGGUGAAGUACCUCUUUUUUGCUUGUGCUGAAUUGCCCAGCCUUCAGCUUCAUUGGACUGCAGGUUCUGGUAUUAUGAAGCAGGAGCAAAGCCUUUUCUCCAUUCACUUUCUACACCUCAAUCAUGACCCUGGUUCAUUGCCUUGUUUCUAAACUUGAGUCUCCUCAGAGGACACAACUUUUCAUUUUGGCAGUGUUGCUCCAAAUCCCCUGAUCACUUUGGUUUUCUACUCCCUUUUCAGAUCCACCCAGCAUGUGAAACCAUCACCAGCCAACCUGGGAGAUCCCUCCAAUCCUGGUAGGCAGUUAAGCACUGACAAUAAAAUACUGAUUCUCACAGGCUUGGUACGUGAUGUCCUUUUAACUAAAACGCCAGGUUCCUUUGCCUUUCAAAAGGUCCCUCUGUGCUGCUCUUCCUUGCAUCAUGGUUUGCUUUUCAUUUUAAAUUGUUUAAAAAUUUAGUUGCCUUGCCUAGUGAUGUGGAAAGUUGUGACUUAAGUAGAGGAAUGUUCACUCAACAGCUCCUUUAUUCUCUUCGCUUCCUGUGCCCACUCUGUUCCCUUACCUUACGCAGCAAGGAGAAAGGUUCCCCCUCUGCCUGAGUCUUUUGCUCCCUGUGUGCCUUGCCAGUCUUUGAGCUACAGCUCCUAUCUGGCACAAGAGUUGAAAUCCAAAACUUACGCAGGGCAGCAGCUUGGGGAAGGGCGCCCUAGAUAACCAGCCUCAUGUUUCCUGUACCCUUUGUGUUUGGAAAGAGUCUUUUCCACCAUCCCACCCACUUGUCAACUUUAAUGGUGUCCCAGUCCUCUGCGCUCACCUCCAUAUUGAUGUUCCUCAGAAUGUUAGUACUUUCAUACAAUAGUAGUGUUAUAUAACCCAUUAUUACAUUAGACCAUGUAACGGAUCCUAACUGGUUAACCAGCUGAAGCAUGCAGGGUAGCAACUGUGCCCAUUUUAGAUGAUGCUAGCAGAAUAUUGACACCCUCCCCCCCCCCCACAUUUCAGCCUUCUGCUUUAUUAAUUUGGGAAACUGUCAGUCUUGCAGAAUGCUCAGCUCUCCCAAUCUGUGUGCUUCGACCGCAGAUUACUUUAAUAUGGCAGAGAAUGUGGUCAGUACAGUGGUACCUCGGGUUACGUACGCUUCAGGUUACAGACUCUGCUAACCCAGAAAUAGUACCUCGGGUUAAGAACUUUGCUUCAGGAUGAGAACAGAAAUCGGGCUCCGUUUCAGGUUAAGUACGGACCUCCGGAACGAAUUAAGUACUUAACCUGAGGUACCACUGUAGUUGCUUUCUGAUAAAAUCCCUAUUUUAUUUUUGACUGAUGUUGGUGUUAACCGUCUUCCAUCAACCGUGUCAGUUAGUGCAUGAAUGUGCUGAGACGCACAGCUGUAAACCACUAUUUAAAGCUCAGGUGCCAGACUAUUAAAAAAAACCCAGAAACCCCCAAACCUUUUCCUCUGUGGCACGCUGGUGCUACUUGAAGUUGAUGCGAUGAGAUAAACGAGCUGUGCUGAACUUUUCACACGAACAAUAGCAAUUUUAGAUCAAUGUUUUUUAAAGGCUGUAAGAAGCCUUCUGCAGUGUCUAGAAGUCAAUCAAACGCCGCCAUUUAAAUGUCAGUGGAAAGUUCAUAUCUAAUCACCCUGUUGUACGUACAAAGAAUAAGAUUGCAGAGAGAAUUUUCCUUUUGUGCGUUGUGUUACUCAGUUUGUGGCAUGUUCUUUCAUCAAUAAGUCUGUUUCGUGUUUAGGGGUGGGAGGUGAUGAAAGCAAGUAAGCCUUUUGGUAGAGACCCAACUAGUUAUGUAGAAUCUAGGGUUGCCAUAUAUUCAGAAACUUUUUGGCUUUUUUUGCAGAACUUCGAAGAAAAAAAAAGCUAGAUUUUCGCUUUUUGAAAUAGUGCACUGAUUGCCAUAACUAUAGUGUUUCGGGUUUUCUUGCUCUCUUUCAUAAAAUGAAAGGCCUUGCCUCAUUUAGAAAGAAUAAAUUAUAAAUUUUCUUGUUAUAAUAAGAAGCAGGGCUUUUUUCCCCUAGCUGGAGCUCACCAGAGCUCAACUCUGGCACCUCUCAGGUGGGUGCCAUUGCCAUUCUAAGAGAAGCCCAUGUGGUGAGCUCUGGCACCUCUUUUUCUAGGAAAAUGGCACUGAUAAUAAGGUUCUGUCAGAGUUACACCAGUGUAGCUUUGGCGCAGCCAAAGCCAGAGUUAUUCCUGAAAAAGCAGUGUGGGUGGUGGUGGCAAGGCGAGACUUGCCCCUUUUCCAGGCUCCUUUUGGCUCUGUCACAUGACCUAGCAAGUUACACUGGCAGAAAGAGUGUUCCAAAUCAAAAAAUGGUGUGUAAGAUUACACCAGCAUAAUUUACCUUGGCAUAUAUUACUCUAGCUUCCUAUAGUUUGGAUUGCUCUGCCAGCCACUCAAACGAUGCUGAUUUAUACUUCCUGGUUAUCUGUGUUCCUUGUUACAUUUCCUGCACGCUAGAGGGAGCAAUUCUGCAGAGAAAGGGCCCCUUUGAGCUUUUAGCCACUAUCAUGUUGUUGUUCAGCAUUCAGUUGGUUCUGGUUUGUUGUUGUUUAUUGUUUGUAGUGAGACUUAAGUUGCUGUUUAGUGGCCUGGAAACCUAAACAGGAAGGAAGGCAGCAUAUUCGAGGUAAAUAAAUUAGAUGUCACUUCUGUGCAGCUUGCAGUCCUGCAUCAUAAAUAACUGUAGAAUCAAUAGCAGGCAAGGAAAAAAAGACGACGUUUUUUCUUUUAAAAUGAUUUUUUUUAAAGAAACUGCAUACAUCAGAGACAAUUUAAAUACCAUGCAGUUUCAAUAUGUACAAAAACCCUAGGAUGUAGAGAUUCAGUUUUAGUGUUUCCUCUAGGUAUUUACAUUUUGUUCUGGUUUUUACUCCCCACCCCCCCAUACAGCCAUAAUCUGUUAAAUUACAAUACUGGAAGAUCACAGGUUUGACUGUCACCACAUUCACUCCUAUACAAAGACAAAACUAUGUACAUACACUUGACUUGGAGAGUAACUGGAAAAUGCACUGGUUCCAGAACCACUGAGAUGCUCAGGCGUACCCUUCCCUUGCUUUUCUGUUCACACAAGAAUAAAGUUCGGCUGGAUGAACAGGCGGGCGCAGGGAACAAUUUUCAACCCUGUUUGCCAUAUGAAGCAACAUCAUCUGUGCCCUUUUUCAAAUCACUACCCUUUGACAGAUUUUGAGGGAGGGAGGAAAUGGUUUUUGUCCAUGCAGCAAGAGAAAUUGCAGCUCUGUGCGAGAUAACCUUCAUCUGCAUGUGAAUCAUAGAGGCAUAUUUAAGUGAAUGCAAAAGUUCACUGCUCAUGCUAGGGGAAAUAAAUGAGACAUCUCUGCAACCCCUGCUGAAAUGAAUGGAAGCAGGAUGACAGUAAAGCCCAUCUCCAUAGAUUUCAGAGGGAAAGCGUUGCAUUGGGCAUUUGUAGUGGAGUGCACACUUCCCGUCACCUGUGAUCACUGUGCUAGGGGAACAGCUGAAUGGCUCUGCUCCAGGCAAGACAAGCAUUAUGCAGACUUGAAAAGUAAGCCAUUUUUCAAAUGAAAGUUUCGCUAGAUCCAUUUCUAUGUUACAGGGGGAAAUAAAUAUCCAUUUGUUUAGUACUACUUUUUGGAAAUGAAUACAGUGCAUUGCCUUGAUCCAAUAAUUGGCUUCUUUCUUUGUUUGCAUGGUAGGGACACUGAGGUUUUGGAACAGGUGUUUUGCACACGCAAGCCUGCUAGGAACCUGCCUGCCUGCAGAAAACAAGCAAAUUCAAUGUUCCAUGCAAUAGCCCAUUGCAUGCAAGUAAAGGAAGCCGCUAAGGGUCAGCAGAGUGGACCCAUCUAUUUCCAAAUGUACCUAUGGGCACAACGGCAACACAGUAUGUAGUCACUCCCAGAUCAGCUCAAUGGUAUCUUAAUGUAGGGCAAGGGGGCAUCUUCAAAGAAGUGCCACUGUACUAGCUCUGGAAGAUGCUCCUUUGCACAUGGAUAACAUUGGGCUGAGCGCUAGGUCUUGAAAAGCUACAAGACUUGUAUUGUGAAUAGGCUCCCCAAUUGCAUGUGUUAAGUGCUAAACUGAUAGCCCAGCCCACUUGGAAAUUAAUGUUGGCAGAAAUGUGGGGAAAGACUCAGCAUACUUCUUUAACCAAGUGUAUCACAAAUCACAGUAAAACCAGAAUAAGUGGUUUCACUUGCAGAAUUUGGCAAUCUUAUUGUUAGGAGGAAAUGUUCUACCUUGUCUGGUUUGUAACCGUAGCCAUAAUCUGUAUUUUUAACUGGAAGGCACACAGGAGAUAAACCAGCAGGUAAAUCGAUCCCUUGUGUGUCCUCCAAGCCACUCAGUAAAGAAUGCUGAGCCUUGUCCUGUGCUUCAACGAAGAAAACAGACCCAUAACCACACCUUGUGAAUCCCCUGGCAUGCUACCACACAACUGUUGAUAAAUGCAAGGUACUUAGGAUCUGUAAUAUGUAAAAGCUUUUCACAGCAUUGUGCCCACCCACUAGCUGUGGUGCCCAGUGAUGGUGGGGAAUGCCUUAUCACCCCAGUGUAGCCUCCUCAGCUAAAAAAAGGAAGGAAAAAAAAGUGCACCACUAAAUAGGCCUGCUGAGGAAAAGAGAGGGCCUUUUCCACGGGGUGAGGAGAAAAUGCAGGUUACCAAGUGUUCUGUUCAAAAAGAAAAGUUAUGCUGCCCUAUACAAACUGAACACCAGUGGAAAAGUGUGAGAACUGAACUUCGCUUGGGAGAGGCAUGCUCAGGGCUCAGCUGCUGAAAGAGAGUGGGGGUUCCUUACCAGGAGGCAUCAAAUUGGUGGGCUUAGCCAAAGUGCUAUCAAAGACAGGGAUCUGGAACACUAUCCAAUGUGCAAGGGUCAUCCUAUUAAGAGAAGAGCCAAUGCCUUAAUAACAACAACAAAAAACCCCCCUCCACAAAUCCAAUCCAAAUGCUUUGGUUCUCAGUAUCAUGCUGGGACAUUCAUGACAACAUAUUUUGUUAUUUACACCAGGUAGUGUUCUACACAACAGAAAUCCCAGCUCUUAAAAAAUAAACGUAUCCAUGCGCACAGAGCAAAAUUGACCCUACAAUGAUCUUGAGCUCCUUUCUUCUCUGCACUGCACACCUUACGGAACCUGCAGCAUCUAAGUAAAGUUGGCGUGCUGUAUCAAUUUGGUUAACUGGCAGAGCUGCUCUGCCAUCCAGCCUCUUUAUGCAGGUGUAAAUGAAAGCAGGAAGUUACCAAGCAGGGCAAAAGGCAUCCUGACUCGUUCUCUCCAUAAAGGUAAUAAGCAUGUUACUGAAUAUCCCUGUAAUAAUCGGCAACAAUUUCAAAACAUCACUUUUUGCAGCAAAGGGGGGAGGGGGGUCACUUGAAUGAAAGAGAUGGGUGACAAGGAAUCUUCUGGGUGUUUCCCUCACAAAACAAAUGGGUGACAGCCAGCCAGCCAGCCAAGAGAUCCUCCAGGGAUGAUUCUUGUGAAGUGUCAAAGAUAGGUAGAUCCUCUGAGCGGGUCUUGGCCUUCCCCCGCAUCUUUCUAAGGUGCUCUCAAACAGAAAGAAGUGUUUGCUCAAAGUGUUGACCCAGAAGGAUGGUAGGCCUUGUCUGAGCUUUUGUCCAGCAGGUCUAUGCCCAACACCAACUGCCUUCAGCUUUCUUUGGAGUCAGAUGGGAGAUGCUUGAAGGAAGACGGGAUGCAUUAACGGCUGAUCUUGGAUGAGGAUGGGGAAUCCACACAGCAGAGUUUCGAAUAUGAGUGCCAACUCCUGGCCCAAUUCUUGCCAUGGGUGGCUUCGGUUGCUGAAAGUUGUCCCAACAUGUCUCAUGAUGUAGUUCUACCAAGUACAGGAAAACACAAGCUUCCCUGUUGUCAUCUUCUUCCUCCUCUUCUUGGUUUUUAAAAAGGCAGUCCAGGAAAUUUACAUUGUACAUUAACAGAGAAGUGAAUGGUACCAGCACUUAUGGUUCUUUCCAGAUAUGUUUUGGAGAUGGUGGAGUGCUCAAUUUCUAUGGUCUAUGAAACCUAAAAUUAAAAAAGGGGACGGAGAAGGAAAAGAAAGUAAAUCCAGUUGUGUUUGAAUGAGUCAACCAAUUUGAUGGUUGCAUAUUUUUUUUCCAAACAUUCAGAAUCAUGACAGAGCUUUGGGUCUGAAAUAUCCAAUAAAAACCUAAUCCCUCAACAGUCCUGCGAACCAUGGAGAAGUGAGUUGAGAGUUGCUGUGGGAAUGAAGACCUCUCAACAAUUCAUCCUGAUAGGUGGGAUGGCAGCCUUCUCCAACCUAGUGCCCACCGGACAUUUUGAAGUAAAACUACCAUCAGCAUGCUGGCUGGGGCAGACGGAAGGUGUAGUGCAAAGCAUCUGGGGGGCACCAGAUUGGGGAAGAACUGGGUAGCAGAAGGACUGCCAGGUUGUCUUCCUGGGAAUGGAAGAGGUUAAUUCUACCCAAAGCCACUGUGACUGUCCUAGCUGACUUGUACAUUCUAAGAAUCCUCAAUUAUAUUCCUCCACCAGAGAGUCAUUCAUACAUAAAACUACCGUGCAACUGUUGUGUGAACUACACUGCAAUAUGUCAUAAGAGGUUCCCGGGGUCUUUUAUUUUACACAGUAUUUCACUCUCAUAAGAGCUUCUUCAUCUGCCACAAGAGAAAAGCAACACAUACAUAUAUUAAGUCUGCCCAUUACUCAUUUCCAUAAUGGCACAAAGAUCUCAUUACCUUCCUAAUGAUUUUAUAAUAGGGGCUUAUUGGGGGUUUGUGUAAGUGGGAUGACUCAACAGCAUAAAAAUCAAGAUGGGGGGGGGAUAGGUACAAAUAGACAUGGAAAACGUGCCCUGGUGGUUUCCUGUCACAGGGUUAGGAGGGUAGGAUUCUGUGUUCAAAUAGAUAAGAGGUUUCCCAGUAUAACUGGUCCAUACACAAACACACUCCAUGCAACAUUCAAUCCUUUGGUCUGACCCAGCAGGACUCUUCGUAAGUUCUUAAAUUCUGUGAUACAAAGUUGAGUGGUACAGCAGCGUUUUCAGAAACAGAAAUGUAGACCUUUAUUACCCAUCUGGAAAAAAUUCCAAGGCUAAACCACCCCCCUUUGCAUAAUAAUAGUAAAUAUAUGUAUACACCAUUCCUGCCAUGUUUUUGCUUCUAUGGAAAUGAAGCUGCGAAUGUAGUUGCAAAUUUCAUUGUAUACAGCCCAAGGCAAGCCUUACAUCUAGUAAUACUACAGAUCAAUAGUAUACAAAAAAAUUAAAUACAUACUGACAAUGAAGGGCUCCUGGAGAUUUUUUUUAAACCAAAUAUUGGUCAGGGCUACAUAUGGGCCUUAUGCUGAUGGAGUUUGUACUGGAAAUCUGCUUUUUCAGUCAUUUUUAAUUAUUAUUUUUAAAAAAGCAUCUCACCUUGUUAAAUGCCUGCUUAAUUCGUGAACUUCCAUUUCAGUGCUUUUAAACUCAUUGAGCUCUUUGCGAAUUGCCGCCUGCAGGGGACAAAAAAGAAGCACGUAAAUAUGCAGCUGAAAAGCAGUCUGAAGGUACAUUCCACUUUUCUAAAUUAUGAAUAGAUGGGCACUAAAUGGAAAGUGGUCCGUCUCUUACCAGAUCAGUAGCUUGCUAGAGCCACCGCUCGGAAUGGGAUACGUUAUAGCAGCCUGGGUGACACUUGGGAUGUUCACCUGUCAGUGUGUUGUACACCUGGAUCCAAUACAUAUUGACUAGAAGCAAGGGCCACGGUCUAAUGGGACGUUUCUCCCAAGUAUGCAUGCACAGAAUUGCUGACUAUUUUAAGAAAAGGAUAACUAUUCUAGCUGCUGUGAACAGGAAGGAAAUUAAUCUUUAGAUAUAAGGGUAGAAUUUAGGGUUAAAUCUAGUGAGAGUAAAGCAAUUGCCGAAUUAGGAGAGAUAGAUAAAAGACUUUCCUCCAAAAGGCAUGGACCAUGGUACACUCUCACCAAAUAUGAAAACAGGAACCUCGUGCAGUUUUUGAUCUUCAAAAUGGCUUGUGCUGUAGAAGGCAAAAACUCAUGCACUUGUAAAUACUGAGUGUGCAUUUGACACGUAUGAUGGCUGUAUUUUAUUUCAAAAGGGGAGGGGGGAGAGUCCAGGUUGCAUGAGCUUUUGCCUGCUAGCCACCGAAGAAGCCACGAGGCAGAGACAUACUUCUUGAGUUCCCUUGUCCUUUGCUGGUGAGUUUGGUACUCAUUCCUAGUUCUUACACACUGGACUUUGGGAACACAGAUCUGCCAAACAUAAAUCAUCACACCAACCAGGAAAAAGACAGAUUUAAUGGAGAUCACUCUGCCCGAAGGUCAUCACUACUUAAAUCUUACGACCUGGGUCUUUUGCUGCUGGAGACCCAACAACCUCAGACCACAUUUCAAUUUCUACUAGAGAUUCUUCUACAUCAAUCUAAUAGUGUCAAAAGAAUUUUCAAAAGGGGUAUAUCACAUCUUUCAAGACGGAAGUCAAAUCUUGUCCGUCAGGAGCACGGGCAAAUACCAUGGAGCAUUAACUGUCUCCUUUUAGCGAAAGCUGUCAGUUUGACUUUCCUCCAAGCUGUGAUAAAGCAUCCUCACAAACAGGAAUAGACAUGCCACUAACUGCAGGAGGACAAUCAGGCUGCAAAGAUGAACUCUCCGGAAGAGUGCACAUGACCUCUUCUUCUAGCACACAAAUGUUGAGUGAUUUAUAAUGUAUCUGUGUUAUCUCCUGUGCUGCUUAUUUUUCGCCGUAGGUUCUGUGAUGGCAGAAAUCCACACAGAAUCAAUGGGGGCUUGAUAGGCUAGACUGUAUCCUGAGAGGCCAGAUCUAACUCAGAUCUAACCAAGACUGGUGAAAGACUGUGGUUUUUAAGAGGGCUGGGUGUGGUUUGAAAGGGGUACCAUUUUCCAUGGAAAAAUACCUUUUAUUCUACUGUCUCCAGUCAAACAGUUUUGGGCAAUAGGUGUAAGAUAGGUGGUGUGUUGCAAGAAGGCCUCUUUUUGUAACUCAAGAUACUUGGUACAUUAAACCAGACAUUAAAGAGACCACUGGGAUUGAGAAUAAAGAUUGACAAAACAUAGCUAUCACCUUAAGAAACACAGACCUUAUUGUCACUCCAUGGUUGAAUAUGUGGCAAGCCUGAGUGCCACGGUAAGUAAACACAGAAUAAUUUCUUAUCUCAGUUCUGUGGUAUCCUGUACAGAAACAGCUUGCAAAAUCUAUUCCUCUGGUGGAAUUGCUCAGCAAAAAAAUGCAUGCAAGUGUUGUCAACAAAGUAUUUCUCAAAUAAUUACAGGCUUGAUUUCCCUCAUGCCAGGUUUGGUGAUGGUGUAAAUGUCCUACAGAUUUUACUGGAAUUAAUGCAAAUUUAAGCAAGUGUAAGCUAAUGUUUGUGAUGGGAAAAUUAAAGAGACUUGGCAGGGAAAGCACAAAAAAUCCAGUUGUAGCUCCAUCAAACAGGCAUACUUUAAGAAGCAAUUCUUUUGCAAAUUCCUUGUAUGAGCUGACUUGAACUGCACCUCCUAGACUAUUGUGCAGAUCCAGCCACAGUCAUCCUUUGGUUUUUGCACUUCCCCAAAUUUUCUGAUGCAAUUUUUGGCUCAACAGCUUAUAAAAAUGUGUACAUCAAGAUAAAAACACACUUAAGCAUUCGUUCUUGGGGAGAAAAGAUGUUCAAAAAUGCAUAUUUCAAUAUGAAUUUCUGUGCAUUGAAGAAACCAUAGAUUAAUUAACAAAUGGGCUUAUGCAAAUAGAUUUAUGCAAGGACAUUGUGGAGGGUGCUGAUGAGCUCCCAUCAUCAGUGACUAUGGACCAUGCUGGUUGGGGCUGAUGAAAAUUACAGUCCUAUGUUAGCUACCCCUGCAUUAGACCAAGGCUCAAGCCCAAGGCUUCCCCUAAGCUACGUACCUUGUCAGCAGCUGUGAGCCGUGUCCAUGGCUUGUCUGCCCGCCUGUCAUAGUCCUGAGCAUCUGCCACUUCCACAUAAUCACUAAAGCGGAUGAGAAUUUUCCUUUCGCGCAGCUCUUCUACUGUAGGCCUUUGACUUAGCUGUAGGGAAAAAGAGAAGUGUUCCAAAAUGUCAUUCUUCCCCAAAGCGAUACACUGAUUUCUUGUGCUGACCAAAGGGAAGGGGAGAGGGGAAGUUAAGAGAAAUGCUGCUUUAUUUUCCAGUUCCUCAUCUGUGUCCAGUGGUUGGUUUUUAACCGCUGUUUCUGCCAUCUUAACAUUAGAUGUGAGGCCACCAAGAGACAUCUCUUGUACUAAAAGGCUGCCUUUUAUUUCUGAAUACUGGACUGAAUGCAUGAUUUGUUAAUUUCACACCCACCACUGAUUCUUCAUAACUCCAUCAAAUGUUGAGGGAGUCCAAGACAGGGCACCUUGUUAAAGUGCCUUCUUGGUGGUGGCAUCAUGGAUGUGCAAUGUCCACUUUUCAAAAACUAGAGAAAACUUACCUGAUAUGUCAGACUGUAGAGACACAUGGAGGCAAUUAACACUGCUUUCCUUGCUUGCUGUUUGUGACUCUGCAUUUGAUUUCAUGGUACUUUUUUCCAUUGAAAGUAAGGCUGAAGUAUGUUGAUUAAGCUUCCCCAGUUGUUACUUCCAGCCCAAUAAUUCUCAGAAUUAUUGAGGAGGAGUAUAUGGGGCAGUAGUCAGAUAUGCUGUUGGUGGCGUACCAACUGAAAGAGCGUUUGGCAUGCAACAAUCUUCAUUGUACCAAAACAAUUAUUUCUAAUGCAGUGAUGUAAAAAAAGUAGGACAACAGUGCUCGGAGAGGUCUUCACAAAUCUGUCAUACUGUUAAGUCUGUAUAUUUAAUAGUUGGUGAUAGGCAUUUACCCAAGAGCAGAGUAUGGCUGAAAAGGACUUAUAUUCCCCUUGAAUGCACUGAACUUUUAAUAAAGUAAGCAGAAUUACAGGGAUUUUCCAAGGGUUGGGGCAACCUGUUGAGAUCAGUAUGUUACACAAAUGCCUCUCUUAAAUUAUGUCCAAUCAGUUUCAUCUUUGCAACCACAGAUAAGAGCAGCAUUUUUGUUCCAUUUGUCAGGAGCUACUCUAAUCACAAUUCUGGAAGAAUGCUGCAACCCUAAAUUUGAUCUUAGGUCCUGUUGAUGCUAGGCCUUAUCUCUUACAACUAUCUAGACUGACUUUAUGUUUAAUUUAAUUUACAUUCAAUAACAGGGGUGAAUUAAGGGCUUUCCUUUCAUGGCCAUGCCAGUGGAGAUUCAAUGGCAAGCUUUAGGGCUGUCUAAAAUAGAAUCCUUUCCCCAGCCUAUAGAAGAGGCGAGAAACCUGAAAUUAAAUAGCUGGAUUCACUUUGGGGACUUGGGGAAAGGUUUACCAAGUCCAUGCUACUCAUGGGAGCAUGGCCACUCUACCCAGUAGGACCUUGUAAUGUCAAUCCAACAAUGGCCUCAUGCUUUAUGAUCUGAUACUGGUGCAGCAGUUGAUAACCUAAUCUUAAAUGUGUUUUUGGACUGGGAUGUGGGGACUAUGAAGAAUAUCACGCCACUUCUACUAAAACGCUAUUAACUGGAAAAGUGGCUGGAAGCUUAAGGACGUCAACAAAAUUGGUCCCGGUGAUUCAGCAAAAGUGGUUGCUACAGGGGUUACACAAACCCCUAUCUUUUUGUAACCCCUGUAGUAUUUUUCAGAGAUAUAGGGUUGUAUUAAGAUGAACAGAAUUCCAGUCACUUCCCCUCCCUCCCCUCCCCCUGCAGCGCCCUCUUCUCCCCCUCUCUUCAAAAUCUGCUAGAGCAUUGGACCCUCUGCAGGAGAUUCUGAGGCCAUGCAGGGAGCUGAAGAGGGAAAGAGAGGAAAGGAAAGCUAGAGUUGUGUGAGUGGAACUCCAGUCGUGCUGAGUUGGAUAGAGCCCAAGUCUUUUUAGCUAAUGCUGUGUCAGAAUGCACAUGCAGAAAAUUCAUUUCAUUGUCGGCUGCACACAAAAUUCUGCAUGCAACAGGCCUCUUGGAUGGAAAACAUUUUUCCCGUCUAAGCAUUACGAAGCGCUUAUGAAGCCGUGCCUCUUUCAGACAUGUGCUGCCUAGAGCAGAGUAAUAAUUCAACUCUAAUAGAGUGAAAGCCCCCAGGCAGGUUAUAAAUACAACCAGGGACUAUAGCUUGUAUUUCUCAUCCUUCAGUGCAUAGGUCACCAAAAAUACCUUUGUUGCUGUUUUUUGAACAAUGCAUCUAGGCCUGCCUGGAAUCUCUGUUUGCCUACCCAUUCCUUUGAGCUUGAAUCCUAACAGUUGAAAGCAUCUCACCAGAGACCAGGGGCACGGAACCUUUUUCAGAGGACUGCAUUCCCAUCUGGGAAAUCUUCUGAGGGACACAUGUGGUGGGUGGAGCCAAAGUCAAAGGUGGGCGGAGCAAUACAUGUAAAUGUUAGCGUUGUGAAGUAGGGCUGGUUUGCACACGCCUCUGGCUUUAUUCUCCAGCCAGAUUCCUGGAGUUCAAGGAUAUAUUCCAGCCGGGCAAAAAUACAAGGGAGUAUGGUAUAAUGAGAGUCUCAAGGGCCAAGAAGACAGACUUGGAGGGACACACUUGGCCUCCUGUUCCUGAGGUUCCCAACUCUGCCAUAAACCAACAUCUGCUGGCAACAUCCCUGUGCAAGGCUGGCAGAUUUAUUUUUUUGCAUCUACAAAACAGUAGCCUCAUUCUAUGCAGCCUAAGUGCAUGUGAUCUUGUGCUUCCCCAUUACACAGUGACAGCUAAAUUUGAGUUGCAGACAUCACUGAACUACAAAGAGGACAUUUUUAUCUUUGCUGCUGCCGCCGCCACCGCCACCAUCAUAACUCCGCAAUGAUUUAUUUAUUUCGCAUGCAGUCCUAAACCAAAUAAGCAACAAGUCCCCUGAAACCUGACCCUGGGAAUAUCAAAGAUUGGAUUAAAAGCUUGUGCACUCAAAAGUAAAUGUGGAGUUCCACCCUCUCUGCUCAUGUGAUGUUUCCCCACCACAGCAUAAAUUAAGGAUGAAGUGCCAGCGUUAUCACCGAGUUCAAAGCUUUGGGCUGUUUGUCACAGAUUCUGGAUGCUAUUCAAAUGUAGCGUGCCUUUGAAAAACAUAAUGUUCUUAUUUAUAUUUUUGUGAUGACAAGGGAUCAAAAAAGAAGAGCUUGUAAGCUAAAUUUAGACUUAAAACAAUGAUUUAGACUGAAUAGUGAAGUCACUUUCUACUGUCAUCAGCACAUUCUGUGUUAUCAGGGAAUAAGAGAAAAGUGAUGCUUGAGUAUAGGACAGCAGGAACUUUCACAAUGAUCAGACUCUCUGGAGCUGAGAUGGGCAACUUUCGGACCUGCGGGAUUAUAUCUGACCUAUUAAGGCCAGCCUGGGCACGUGACUCGUUCAUGGACUGAUUGCUCCAGGGAGCGAUCUUUAGUGGGAGGGAUAUGACCUGUGGGCAUUGCUUAGUCCCUGCUCCAGAGGAAACUGAGCUAGGUGAACAAGUCUUAAGAAAGCAAGAGUCCCUUGUCAUGAAUAAUUACAACUGUGAUUUUAAAGCAAUUAACUUGUCUUGUGAUGGUUGGGAAAACGCUAACGGAAUGAAGCCUUUGAACAGAAAGAAGGAAAUGCUUAAUCUGCUUUGUAAGGAAAUGAGCUCGGGUUCUAUCCAGUUAGCUUCCUCAUCCUGUCCUUUGCCUGACUGAGGCUUUCAUCGCCCAUCCAUAUAGGAAGCUUCUGAUAUUUUGGGUUAAUGCUUUAGAACGCGAUUGGGAGUGAAGAUGUCCUAUAUAUAUAUUGUGGCACAGCUCAAGCUGAACCUGACCCUAAAAUUCCCUGUGUACUCCCAGGGAGGCUCACCUGGUACCUUGCAUCAGGCAAAAACUUUCCUCUACAACCAGGCCUUUGGCUAAUUAAACAAUCUAUAUGGCCUUUUAAAUUGGGGUGGGGAGUAAUUGCUUUUGCUUGUUACUAUGUUGUACAUUUUUGGGAUUUUUUUAUAUUGUGCAUUUAUUUUUUAUAUAUAUAUUAUAAACCAUCCUGUGAUCCUCGAAGGCUGGUAUAGAAAUUUAAUAAAUAAAAUAAGCUAUAAAUAAAUAAACAAGAUAAAAAGCAAGCUUGAAAGGAACAGCUAUGGUUCCUUCAGCUAAGCAGGGGCUGAAGGCUUGGAGCAUGUACAAGUUACUACUAGGGGCUUAAAACCAUAAUAUUUUCACUGAGCAUUAGUCUGCCCUGUGGCCCUCUGCAUAUUUGAAGCAUUGAUUCCACUCCAAAUGUAGGGUGUGGCACAGAAUUCUGCCCAAGACCAAGAUAUCUAGAGCAGCGGUUAGAAGGAAUAUGGACAAGAACUGAAUCGCAGCAGCAGCUUGUAUGCAGGUAUUAACAGUGCAGGACACAAACAGCAAAGGCCACUUGCACUCUUGCCAAAGCUAGCGGCAUUUGUCCAUUUUUUCCAUAUUAUAGCACAUGCAAAUGAAACGCAUUCUCUCUCAAGUAAGAUCUUGGAUACUUUUACACAGCGGACAUUUUCUCUCUUUCACAGCGCGUCCAUGUAAGGAACAGACUUGGUUGAUGCUUGUGACAAUCAUGAAAAAGCACCCUUGAACUUGACUUUGAUGUCGCACCAGUAAAUAAGCACAACCCACAAGGGAUUUCUGGUGCCUAAGCUUUAUGGCACAAAUAGGGAGCUGUGUGGGAGAACAUUCCUUGGCGCAAUUCUCACUCAUUUUAACAAAGUGUGUUCAAGAGAUGCUCCCAGUGUUCUGCUCCAACUAUUCCACUGAAGCGAGCAGAACUGGUGUAUUCAGACAAUCCCUCACUGUUUCAUUGGCCCCACUUGGCAGUUCUAACUGUAUGGCUAGAACUGAGUGUUAUGCUCCCACAACACUACAGAAGUCCGGAGAAGGAAGGUGGUGAUAGUACUUGGCUUUCCAUUUAGCUGGACCCCAUGGGCAAUUGGUUGGCCAAAUGGCCAGAUUCACCAAACGAGAUAAUACAACAGUUAUGAUGUGAUAAAGGUUGGGGACCUUUCCAAGUGUUGUUGGACCAAAACUCCCCUCUGCUCCAGCCAGCAUAGCCAAUGGUCAGGGAUGAUGGAAUCUGUAGUUCGGCAACAACUUGACUGCAAUGGGAUCCCAACCUCCCCAAAAAAGUAGUUGUCUAAAUCUCACCAGAGCUAUCUAUGCUACUAUAAGUAGCAUGCCUCAUUGGUGGUCAACCUUCUGGGCAAUAGUGCCAGAGUAUAAGAUAGCAUGAUCUAGGAGUCUUGGUUGACCACAAACUUGACAUGAGCCAACAGUGUGACGCGGCAGCUAAAAAAGCCAAUGCAAUUCUGGGCUGCAUCAAUAGGAGUAUAGCAUCUAGAUCAAGGGAAGUAAUAGUGCCACUGUAUUCUGCUCUGGUCAGACCUCACCUGGAGUACUGUGUCCAGUUCUGGGCACCACAGUUCAAGAAGGACACUGACAAACUGGAACGUGUCCAGAGGAGGGCAACCAAAAUGGUCAAAGGCCUGGAAACGAUGCCUUAUGAGGAACAGCUAAGGGAGCCGGGCAUGUUUAGCCUGGAGAAGAGGAGGUUAAGGGGUGAUAUGAUAGCCAUGUUCAAAUAUAUAAAAGGAUGUCACAUAGAGGAGGGAGAAAGGUUGUUUUCUGCUGCUCCAGAGAAGCGGACACGGAGCAAUGGAUCCAAACUACAAGAAAGAAGAUUCCACCUAAACAUUAGGAAGAACUUCCUGACAGUAAGAGCUGUUCGACAGUGGAAUUUGCUGCCAAGGAGUGUGGUGGAGUCUCCUUCUUUGGAGGUCUUUAAGCAGAGGCUUGACAACCAUAUGUCAGGAGUGUUCUGAUGGUGUUUCCUGCUUGGCAGGGGGUUGGACUCGAUGGCCCUUGUGGUCUCUUCAAAUUCUAUGAUUCUAUGUACCAGGCUCCUACACACUGCACAGAAUAUAUGCAGCCCACUCACUGUGCCUUGGGGUGCCUCUCGACUACAUUCACCUUGAUCUGUUGAUCCAGGGAGCAGGCAACAAUGCUCUGCCUUUGCUGAAGACAAAUCGGUUUGCCUUCCAGGACCACUAGGCGCAAUGCAAGCUCUCACUGUCUGUGUCAUCAACUGGCUACAGAUACCCUCAAAUAUCCACACCUGUGCUGUAGCUUAAAUAAAUAAAAGCUGCUGUUCAUUUCAAAUGUUGAUACUAAGCCAAUUUCCAGUCCAAUAUCUCACAAAGCUGAAUUCCCUUGGUUUCCAAAACAUGGGUGGGGCUACCAUGUGAAGCCACAGUCCAGGAAUAUAAAAUAACAUCCUGUGCAAAAUGUCUGCGAGAAGCAUGAAACCUGGUCUAACAUGCUGUGAAUUUCCUUGGUGUUUCAGCUAUUACUAUGGCAACAACUCAGGUGUUGAUAAUGUCCUGUCGCAUUACCCCUUCCCUCUUUGUUGAAUCAGCACACCUGUUUCUUGCAGGACUCAGUGUCCAGAGGCAGAGAAUCCAAUUUGUAGCAGUACAAAAACCUCCUGCCUAUUUGGGUUUAAGACACGGUGGUGAAGGCUGAGUGUGUCUUAGACGGGGGCCAGGAGUGGCACAGGGAAUUCUGCCCCUUGAAAUUUCUUUGUUUUUGAUGAGAAACACAAUUUAUCCAAAUUAACAGCAGCUUCUGUUUUCUCACCUAAUCUCCUCCUCCUCUGGCUGGUCACACCACUCUCAAGAUCCCAUUAUUUCUAAGACACUGCUGCUGCUCUGAGACAACAGGAGGUCAACAAAGAAAAUGACUGACCUGCAAAUCAUUUGGUAGCAUUGUUUUGCUUUAUAAAUGAAACAGAGGCACAGAGAGAAAGAGAGUGCCUUUAUGCAGCUGGGGUAAUGAAGUUAUGUAAAUAGGAAGACAAUAAGCUGCCUUAUAUGGACUCAAACCAAUGACCCAUUUAGCUCAUUACUGCCCACACUGCUGGGCAGCAGCUCUCCACAAUUUCAGACAGGGUUCUCCACCAGCCUACUUGGUGAUGCCGGGGGCUGAAUCUGGGAUCUUCUGCAUGCAAAAAAGAUGCUCUAUCACUGAACUAUGGCCCUUCCCCAUCCUGAAAAUGUGCUCUGGAUUUCACUGGCUGCGGGUUAAUGUGCACAGUCAAGCCAAAGUUAAGCACCCCCACUGUCCUAAACCGGAUUCUAAGAUGCUUAGGGCAGCAUUCAAAGAAAGUAGUUCCAUUACUGCAAAGACUUGUGGCUGUGCAGUGGAACUUCCCUUCCUCUCCUCUCAAUGCAUAUGUGGCACAAUGGUUAGAGUGCUGGACUAUGACCUGGGAGACCAGGGUUUGAAUCCCACACUCAGCCAUGAAGCUCACUGGGUGAUCCUGGGACAGUCACCAUCUCUUUGCCUAACCUACCUCUCAGAAUUGUUGUGAGGAUGAAGUGGGGAGAAUGAGAACUAUGUACACCACCCUGAGAUCCUUGGAAGAUAUAGGUGGUAUAUAUAAAUGUAAUAAAGGAAAUAAAUAAAUGCAAUUAAAAGUUGCAACUAAAUCUAUCAGCUUACAAGAAAGAGUGAUUUGUAAAGGCCUGUUUUCAUGAGUUCAGGUAAAUAUGUGUUGACGCUGGUGUAAUUUUCAUGCAUUAGAAGGUUUUCUAAUAGUACAUAAAUAUUCUCUCAAAAAUCUUACACUGUUCUCUAAUGAUUUAUUCCCAUCUGGUUCAAAUGUGACAAAUAACCAGGCUUCCAUUCUUAAACAUCUAUUCUUCAGUUUAAUGUAUCACGAGUGGCGUUGGGGAGAUGUCGCAUUCAACAAGAACAGAAUUAGGCUAAUGCUGAGCGCUUUUGAAAAAAACGACACUCUAAACCUUCACAAAGCAUUUCCUGCUGCACAGCCUAGUAUUUCCUUUUUGUGUGGUUUUACUCUAAAGGAAUAACAAUCACCUUUUCCUUCUGGAGUAGUACUCUCUGUGCCACUUGCUUUUUGCUGCCUGUCUGAUCUUGAGAAGAUAAAUUUAGCAUAUGAAGAUUCACGCACAAAUAGAUAAAUGUGUCUUGGGUGAUCUCUUACACAGACUGAAAAACAGGAACUGCUAUAUAUUGGAUGGAGAAGCAUGGCUGCAUGUGAGCUUACACAACCAUGCAUACAAGAUAAUGUGUAAUGGAUGCAUGCAGUAUGUACGACUAAACCCUGCAAUUUUCUACCUUGAAGAAACUGAUGAUUACAGUCAGCAAUAGGCUCACUGACUAAACCAACCAGCUCACAGUUCCACUUAAAAUUGUUCAACUUUAAGCUUAGGGUGGCAAUCCUAUGUGCAUUUAUAUAUGAGAGUAAAGUCCCACUGAACUCAGUGGAACUUGCAUCUGAGUAAACAUCCAUAGGAUUGAGCGGCAAACCCUAUUGAUAUUGAUACUACUACUACUACUACUACUACUACUACUACACUGCCGUUCAUGUGAGGAUCGCAGGGCCAUUUACUAUAUAAAAACACAAAAAAUAAAUAACAUAGUAACAAGCAAAAACAACACACCCCUGUUUAAAAAGUGAUCGAUUGUUCAUUCGCCAAAGGCCUGGGGGAAGAGAAAUGUUUCUGACACCUUAAGGCCAUAUUUAUCUGGUUAAUUUUUUAAAAAUGUUGCACUUUCCAUUGUCCUAUGUCUGUCCGUCUCAUAUCCCUCCAACCUACAGGAACACCAGCCUGCUUUCACUACAGAAAAGUGGUGCCCCAGUAAUUCCCCCAGUUUAUGAGUGGUGCAAUGAGAAACUUUGCUUCUUCCUGGUCAGCAAGGCAGCUAGGCCAAGGUUUGGCAGAGUGUGUCAUCUGAAUUCAGACUUCUGCUUAAGCUACCUUCUUGCUAACCAUGAGCUGUUUGGACAGUAUGCAAAGCCAGUCCUUGGUUUAACUGUCACACCAUGCUGAGCUAAAAGGAUUGGGAAAAAGCAAAGGUGGUGUAAGCUCCUCUCUGGGAGACAGCACAUCCACACACUUCCAAUAAGCCUUACCUAUUUGACUUACCAUGAGGUGCAAACCAGGGUGACCUGCUAAGCACUUGACAUUUUUGGAGCUCCCAAGCAGUUUGUUGAGCCCCUGACAAGCUGCUUUCAGCUUGGUGACCCACACUGCAUUGAGACGUACCCUAACUACAUGAAUGCAUUGCAAUACCCAGGAAUAUCCCUCUGCAGCUUUCAAAAGAGGUAACUACAGAUAAUGUUUCAAGCGUUCUUUCUAAAGAAGCUAGUGCACUUUUUACAAACUAUGCUCAGCAUUUAAAAAACAACAACCACAAAAACAGAGGCAAAUAUGGCAAGGAAUUAAAACAUUCAGUUAAAAGCUUUAAGGGCCCCCAAGAAUGGAAGGAAGUAGCAGUAACUUCUCACCUUGCGUGUUAAUCUUCUCUUUAUCUCCCGUUUUUCUUCCUGCUCCUCUUGCUCAUUCCGCGCUGGAAAAGAUUUACAGUGUUGUAGACUGGUUGUACACGUGAAAUAUGAAAAAUCUGGCAAGCACUGGGAUGGGGUUAUUGAUAUUUUGGUCUUUCCCUUCUGAGGGAUGCCUGAGAGCAGUCAACUUCCUGCUACCUCUUUCCCAGCACCUUCCUUUGUACACCUUGCAAAACAUCGAAAUCCUUUUUCCUCUGGCUAAGUGCCGGCAUGAAUUUUAUUCCUUUAACUGGGCUCAGUUCAUGCCAACUAUUACGCCAGGAGCCAAGGGGCUUCCUUAGCCAUUACCUCUGUGCCUCAGGGUCUAUCAGCUGUGGGGGGAAAGAGAGGAAUGAUACCACUGCCAGCCUCAGUGCAGAGCACAGUGAUAAGGCAGGCAGCUCAGGGUUCAGUCUGAUGUAAAAUUUUUGCUUUUAUGGAACAGCUUCUGGAAUGAGUUCCAGAAGCAUUGCGCAUAUAAGAAGAGAGUUUGUGGCAAUGAGCCAUCCAUGCAACUUGGUUGUAUCUGAUCCCAUGAACUCCAGCUUUGCAAGUCUCAAUGCUCAGCAUCCUCUAUGGGACCCAUCAUUACAUUCUUUCAAAUAUAUGCAGUUACAAACAUCAUUGGUUGCAAACUGUUACAGCUGAUGCAGCCAGUGAAAAGACAUAAAUGGGCCUAUUUUGCUGAUUUAUUUUUUAACCUACAGCAGGAAAAUAGGUACCUGGAUAGACAUCUCUGUGUACACAGGCCUUUCCUUUCAAAUGCCUUACAUGUGCCUGACAAAGUCACCAGAUUAAGUGUUUGUUUAGAACAUUGUUGUUGUUUUAAACAGUAUUUUUCCCCAAAAAAGAAAAACUUGAACAAUUGCUUUGGGGAGGCUUUGUAAUUGCCAAAAGGGAGAGCCAAUUAACACUGUGCACAUCCUUAAUAUGCAAAAUGGAAGAGUGGAUUUUUCCCUAAGUGCAAUCCUUAAAUGUACUUGUUUAUCUGACCUAAAGGAGGUGAGUGCAGAGCAUAGUAAGGAGGCCACUCAAAUCACGUGUAUCUUGAAAAAUCCUUAGUUUCCAAAAGCACAAUCUACUCAUUAUAACCCAGUUGCUAACUACAUCAAGCUUAGACAUACAGGGUGGUAUCCAAUACACUGUAGGGAUGCAACCCUAUGCACAUUUACCUGGAAAUAAAUCCUGCUUAAAUCAGUGGAACUUACUUCUGAGUAAACAUGCACAGGAGUGUAUUGCAAAAGAACAAGAGCAUAACCUGGACUUCCUUGGCUGACUACUUGUGACUCAAAUAUGUCCUCCCCUAAGUACCAAAUUGAAAAUGCUGAUAGCUGUUCGAGACAAAUGUUGUGAAUAUAGCUUCACAGGAAACCUGUUUUGAAGGAGGACAGUAAUAAAAGGGCAACGAAAACCUGCUUGUCUCUAGCAGAGAGAGGGGUGGAGCUGAAGGGGCCCUUUGCCCAGAGACCCAAGUACGCCAUCUGCCCACACCCCUCACAAGCUUGCAGUUACUCACGUUUGAGAAUGUUCCUCUGCUCCAAUUCUUCAGCAGUUGGCCUCUGGCUCAGUCGUCUGUGAAAAAAGCUCAGGAUCAGUUUCUGGACCAUAUCAUGCCCUCAGACAUUCAGUGUGGUCCCGAGUUACUCUUUGCCCCCUAAUGCAGAAACUGGGAAGACGACUUUGCCCUGGCAUGAUGUGCCCUGGUAGUUUCCUUCCUGCUGCUGACCAAGGGGAAACCAAACCUGCCGUGUCAUAUCAGGAAUGCCUCUACCAUCUCCACCUCAGGCUAACUGGCUGAGAGAGAAGAUGCAGGUGUAUCAACUUGUCAUCUUCUUCCCUCCCUGCUCUUGCAAGCAUGACAGGCUCCGCUCCGUGCUCUUCCUUCCCUACGCUUAUGUGAGCCUCCAAACUGUGGCCUGCUUGUCCAAAGAGGCAGUGAAACAAAGGCGGCUAACAGCCCAGAAACGACGUCGAAGCAUGGUUAGAACAAUAAUGGCUCUUCUUUGCCUCCUCAGUCCUCACUUUCCCUCUGAAAACCUUUAUGCAAUUUCUUAAUGACGAAUUAACAGUGGUCAAACGCACUUUCUCCUGCCAGCGUAUAUUUUGCCUACAACAAACACAAGCAUUUGGUGUAAAGGGCAGUUGCAAAGCAAGCGUAUUCUAGGAUGUAAGAGCAGCCGAGGAGCUGGGGGGAAAAGUGAUGUAAGAAAAACAUAGAUGGCUGCGAACAAUGUUGUUCCCAACUCGCUGCGACAUUCAAUAGCAGUUUUGUCUCUGGCUUCAAGUAACUCAUUCUCCCUAAGGCCACAGAUGGCUAUUAGUGCUGUGCUGAAAGCUGUCCUCUACGUUUUCAAAUGCUUUCUUCCCCCGAGAAAGAGGCUUCCAUUUUUCUGCCUCAUUCUCACCUGUUGCGAGGUGGUCAAGGGUGAUGUGUGUGUGUUUCUUUCCAGUAAACAUUGCUCUAGCACUCUGCAGCCUCCCCAGCUGCCCUCGCUUCCCGAUUUUAAAAAUCCCCUUCGGAGAAGUUACCCCCUGGGCUUCAAUUGGAGCGAUGGCACCAGGGAAGGCUACAGAGUGCAGACCACCGGUGAGUAAUUCAUAGAAUGGAAAAGGGAUACUUAACAAGCAGCCCUUGCCACCUUAAAAGUGAAGUAAGCAUGAUGAAAAUCUUGCACCCUACCCAUGAGAACUUCACAGAAAUCUUAUCUUCCCUUUGAUAAUUUUUAAUUAUCUUUUCUCGCUAACUGAUGGAAUAUACUUAGGGAGGUGGGAAACACAGGAGAAUUUUUUGGUAAUGAUCACUCAAAUAUAAUUUAUCUGUAGUUUAUCUAUAUAACUUAUCUGCAAAGCUUGAUCUCCAAGGGUACAAACCUGCAGGAAGUUCUCCUGUGCUAAGUCCUAACCAUAUGAAUGGAACUACCUGCUCUGCUCCCAUUCAUCUCAAUGGGGCAUGUGCAAGAGAACGUCCCAGCAGAUUGUUCCUAGUGGAUUAAUUUGGCUAUAUUGCCUUUGCAUUUGCUGGCUCCAUAGCCUCUUUUUUUUUUUUUUUUGUAUUUUAAAGGCUGAAGAGAGACAUACAGUGAGGGGGAAAAGUAUAUGAUCCUUCGGGGUUUCUGGGGGUUUUCCUGUUGUUAUUCUGUCUCUCACAGCUACAAUAAACCUACCAUUAAAAUUAUGGACUGGUCAUUUCUUCGUCAGAGGGCAAACGGGCAAAUUUAGCAAAUACUUCCCCCUCUCACUGUAUAAGGGAAACAGCAGUUCCAGUGGGACCCUCACCUGUAGUUCAAACUAGGGGAUGCCUCAAGCAUUUGAUCAAGAGUGCUCACAAAUGCUGACCAAAAGCCUCUGGUCAGAUUACUUGAGAGCAGGAUUGAGAUGAACACAGACUUGUGUGCAGGGCUGCCUUCUGCCCAGUCCUAUAAGGUGCCACCUGCACCUUCCACAGCCUGAAGGUGAAGAAACUUACCUUCAGGCUGGCAGAAGGAAAGGCAUCCUACCAACACCCCUGAUAGGAGAGAUGCUGCGUGGUCCAGUUGCAUUUCCCCCAUUGGGGACACUGGGGACUGUUGCAUCCCCAGUGGGAAAGUGGUACCACGCACAUCAACCCCAGCAAAGGAGAAGGCCCUUAGGGGGCCUGGUCAUUUGAUGGGAGUGGCAUGCCCCAUAUCACUAUCCGACUGGAGAUGUUAGUCACCUGAUGGGCAGUUGCAGGGACCUCCUCUGAACUUUGACAGGCAUCAAUCACCUGACACAAUUAUGAGAUUGAGUGACUGACAGGUGACCAUAAAAGUUGGCUUGUGGGGUGAGUAAUUAAGGAUCUGGCUCACGGGCCUGAUCCAGCUCUGACUUAAGAAGUCUCAGUUGCAUCCCCAGUGGGGAAGACACUCUUCCAGGUCUCAGAGCCUCUGCAACUGUGGUGGGCACUGCUGUCUUCUGCAAGUAGAUUUUUCAUCAGGGUGAUGGCAUGAGAGAAAGGGCUACAUCCACCACAACCCUAUCUUCUUAAAUGAUCCCCUCAUGGCUGUUACUAAGUACAAAUAAACCUGCUACAUAGCUCAGGCCCAAUGUAAGAGAAGAUGUGAGUUAUACUUCAUAUAAUUUUGGAACCAAUGAAAAUACAAGAAACUGGCAAAGUGUUUUUUAAAAAGGUCAAGAUCAUGCCAUGUGUGUUCAGAAUGAACUUAUAUUCAAGGGCACACUUUAAAAGGGGACAGCUCUGUUUAAGUACCGCUAAUCACGAUUAUUAUCCUUACAGUGCACAGCCAGUGUUACAAAGAGGAUGUUUGAGAGAGUUCACCUUAGGACUGUAAAGCAAUUAGACGUGUGGCUUUAUCUAGCUGGGCCUGGGAAUAAAAAUAUAAAGCUGCACAGUUCAGCAUUGCAAUGGGUAGCUUUGUUGUGCUCGUUGCAACACGUAGCAAGGGUGUUAUGUAAUGGCUUUUCAGAAGCCUCAUUAGAACAGCUUGUUAAAAGGAGGAACACAGGCUAUGGAAACAAGCAUUUUCACGGAAAUGUUAUAGGGGCUUUGAACCUCACAGAAAAGGAAAGUAGGUAAAAGCUGCCAACCGUCAACUGCAAAAGUAUGUUAACACUGUCCGUUUCCAAUUGUCCUCAACCCUUUAGCUUUUAGCAUAGCAGAAGCAAAAAACACAGCAUUUCAGAGUAUCCGCCCCGCCAAAUAACUACAACAAAGAUGCCAAUCUUACUCUUGGUGAACCUUCUGCAGCCAUCCUAACUCUAUGUCAAGCUGCUUAUACCUGAUCUGUAUUCAACCAUCUUGAAGCUACAUGACUGUUGACUUUAUUCACUCACUAAAGCAGUGUGGUGUAGUGGUUAGUGUGUUGGACUAAGACCUGGGAGACCAGGGUUCAAAUCCCCACUCAGCCAUGUAGCUCACUGGGUGACCCUGGGCCAGGCACUGCCUCUCAGCCUCACCUCCCUCUCAGGGUGGUUGUUGGGAUUAAAUGAGGAGAGGGAGAACCAUGGAUGCUCCUUGGAGCAACAGGUGGGAUAUUAAUGCAAUGAAGAAAUAAUAGAAAAGUAAGAUUUUUGCCCAGGAUAAACAAGGCUCCAUUGGGAGGGGGUUGGGGAGACGUUAACUAAAAGCAUGCACUGUGUGAUGUCAAGAAAUUUGACAAGAACAUCUAUAAAAUUUGAAUCUAGUCCUGAACACUCAGUGAACUGACAGUUUUAUAACUCUAGCAAGUUUAUGACUGUCAGAGCACAAUGAUUUCAGACUUCUCAGUGCACUGCAAAGAGAUAAAGAAUAAAGUCAUCACUCUCUUUAAAGAAAAAAAGGGGGAGAGAGAAGAAUUCCAGAGCAACAAUAACCCAAGCAAUCAGUCAGUAUUUUAUGGGAGAAUUGCUGCUCAGAGUUUCCAAAACCUCUUUCAUAUCGUUACUGCCACACACUCUCAAUAUCAUUGUGCUGUUCUCUUUCAUCUGCCAAAAGCAACAAGAAAAGCUUCUUCCCUCUUUUAUUUCUGUCGGUAGGGAUCAGCUUUCAAGCUUCUUUUCCCCCACUGCCAACCUUUUUGUGUCCCAAUCAUCGGCGGGGGUUAGGGAUGGCUGUCCUAUAAGCUGCUGUGCUCAGGACUGUUUUGAAUUGGUUUUGAGAUCUGGCCAAGGGCUGGGCAAGCAGCAGCCAUCUACACAGCUGUGUGUGUGUAUAUGUCUCUGUGUAUAUGUGUGUAUAUGUUCAAGAAAAAAGUGCCGGUACUCCUCAGCAAGCAGGGGGAGGAGCUAGCAUGUGGGAAGGGGUGUGGCCUGAUGCCAAGGCUGGGCGGUGAGGGCAGGUUACCUGUUUAAUGCUCCCUUGCUCACCCACCCACCUACUGGGGCGCCCUACCUGAAGAUGCUGGGAAUGGGACCAUCUCCUUGCAAGGCAGAUGUCCUACCUAACUCUCCCCAUUUUGGCUAUACAUACAUACACAUAUAUUCAAAAGGUAUCAGCGCGAAUAGAAAGGGAUUUCACCAGGUGGAAUUGUGCUUGAGGCGUCUAUUAUUUUCAGCAUCUUUUACAGAGCUGCUUUCGAAGGCAGGAUUUGGAUGCGAGAUUCCAUAAAAGAAAGCAGAAGAGAUGGGGCACUUUCUACAGUAGGACCUAGACCAUCCCCUAGAGAGAGCGACCAGGCACAUCUAUAUUAUUUUGUUUUCACCCCGUCUUUCCAUAUUUUGCGCUCAAUAAGAGGCAGCUCCACAGCCCACACCCUGGACCCCAGAGGAGUCCCAGAUGCUCUACUGAACUCUCUUCUUCUCAAAAUCAGUUACCUGUCAGGAAUAGCCAACCAAAGUACUUCAUACUGAUUUUUUAAAGCCCUAAGAGAACAUUCUGGGCUGAAAAAGUGAGGUAUAACUACGUGUAGCAAACCAACAAAAAAACCCAGAAAGCUCCCUGUUAAGCAGAGGUUGGAUGGCCAUCUUGUCAUGGAUGCUUUAAGCUGAGAUUCCUGCAUUGCAGGGGGGUGGACUGGAUGACCCUUGGGGUCCCUUCCAACUCGACAAUUCUAUGGACAACAGAGGUCACUCUUGCAGUAGUUCUCAGUGCACACAUUGAGUAGUACUCUCAACGUUCAUUCAAGAAAAUCAAUUUCCUCCAAUGCCGCAGACCUCAUUGCUGCAAACUUUUAGUAAACAUAACUGUUCUCAUUUGGCUGUUUAUGUUUCCCUCCAGGGCAAUUUGAAGAACCUUUUGUGUAAUGAAGAACGCUGAGUAAUUCACAGCACAGUUGGGGAAGGCGCAGGAGCACAGCGAGGCUGCAGUGACUGCAGUGAUGACGAUGAGUCAGAGCGGCAAUGACCAACUUCUCCAUGUGGCAACAGGAACCUUUAGAGUUCCACUGCAAAGUCUGGAGGAUGCGGGGGGGGGGGGGGAGAGGUCCAACUAGGCCUGACAUUAAAUGCAUCCUUGCAUUUAAAGUGAAGCUGUUGUUGCUGUUGUUGUUGUUGUUUAAUUCAAAUCACAUCCGCUAGAGGGGCCUGGUAAUAUUCAGGAUCACAGCAGGUAUAGAGGAGGAAUGCAACCCUUUCCUCCCCUGCUUUAGAAAAAUCCUUCCUCUAAAGCUAGUAUUUUUCACAUUAGGAGGAAAUCCCAUCAGUGCCAAUAAGGGAUUUCUCUGCCCACCAAAUGCCAGCUCCAGAGAAGGGAUUUUCCUCUUGGGACAGGACACCCAAGAAAGCAGAAGGAAGUUCAAGAAAGGGUGGGGGGAAUGGGUGUGAAGAAGCAGAGUGAAGGCUGACUCAAAAUAUCUCACCACGUUAUUUGACUGCCUGGCUCUUACAAAGUUGUAUUCAAAUUCUGCCUUGAUCCAGACAUUACAAAACGGAUGUGAAAGAGCAACAGGUUUGGGAUGAGGGCUGGCACACCCAUUGAAUAAUUUUCCAAGGAUGCUGACCAAGAAGCCAACACGAGACUGUAUGAUUCCAGACCCCUCUCUGUCUCUCCUAGAGACACACACCAGGGCAGGUUGACAAUGUCUCUCUCCCCGCCGACCUUUUGCUGCCACAAAUCCCCCCUUUCCUAUCUCUUGUGCUCACUUUCCUCCCAGCGCCAUUAUCAGUAGGGUUGUUUUUCAAAAUAAAAUAAAUAAAUAAAAC